UGUGAUGACAUUCAUCAAGAUAAGUCAGUGUAUAUAAAAGCUGAUGAUUUCUCCUGUUCAGCACCUCCGCACAGGAAGACCACAGGCUGACACUGAGGAAGAAGAAGAGAAGAUCAUUCUUCAGCAGAGCUCAACCAUCAUCUCCACCACCAACAUGCAGACUGUGUCUCUACUCUUUUGCAUCAUGAUAGCUGUGGCUACAGCUGAUGAUGCAGAUGCUCCUUCCUGUCGCAGUCGUUGGUUUAACAUAGACGGUCGCUGUUUCCAGUACGUUCCGAGAUUAUUGAGCUGGUCUGAUGCUGAGAGAAACUGCCAGAGCAUGAGCGCACACCUUGCAUCGGUGCACAGUAUGAAGGAGUAUAUGGCCAUUCAGGAUUACAUAAAUACUUUAACUCUGAGCAAUCCAGAAGCUUGGCUUGGAGGCACUGACUGCCAGGAGAAAAAUACUUGGCUCUGGACUGAUGGCAGUGACUUUUCCGGUCUGAACUGGUGCCCAGAUCAUCCUGCAGAUCUUGUCCCAUCUCAGAGUUGUCUGCAGAUGAAUUCAAAAGAAACUAACUGCUGGGCUGACCAGCUCUGCGCCUUCACACGCUCAUCCAUCUGUGCCUACAACCUGUAGUAGCUCCUGUGCUGACACACAGAGACAUGUUGGACCAACCACACACACAAACAUCUGCUGUAGGAGUAACAGUGUGUUUGUCUCUGUGCCAUCAGUCUCAUGCUUAAUCACAUCUUUGAUUCUCUGUUUGGCUGUAACGCUGCUGAAGGGACGAAGCGACAAGUGACGUAAACAGGAGCUGGACUUCCUCUUUGUUCUUCAAUAAGAGGAGACUGAAUGUGUUAUGAAAUGAAUGCUUUAGCACAAACCAAUUUAUGAUGCACAAUUAAAAAGCUGGAGCAUUAAA